AUGAACAUACACACAAUAGCCUUCUGUCUCUACGAUGGACCGUUGAGAGCGGCUGGUGGCGCCGAUCCAGGUGGGUGCAAGGCAAACGAUGUGAAGGAUUUACCCCUGAUAUAUGUCUACAGCUAUACAGGGUGUCUCCUGUACAAUGUCGGCUCCUUUAUGCUCCCUGCGUUGUACAGCACUCUAGUCAAGAUCUGGAUUGCGAACAUUGACUCUACCCUAGUGGUUACAACGGAUGUCUAUACUUAUAUCGGCACUGUUGCCGAGGUACUUAACGAAGGUCUUCCUCGUGCCGUCUGGGUGACUAUCGCGGAUCAAGUUACGCGGUCAUACGAGUCUCGUCUAGAACUCGCACAUGCUCUGGUCGCGUUCCAAACAGUCCUCGGUCUGAUCAUGAGCAUAAUUUUCACCAGCGCAGCCAGAGCCUUCACGGCCACCUUCGUCCGGCGCGAGGCUCGGAAAGCAAGUAUUACCUAUGUUCAGAUUAGUGCAUUCUCAGCCCUCAGCUCUGCUAUAGAAGUUGCAGUAUCCAACGCGACAAGGGCCCUGGACAAGCCCGACGUUCCUCUCGUGAUUAGUUCGGUCAAGAUUAUCGUGAACAUUAUCUUAGAUCUCCUGAUCAUUUUCAAGUUUCAUGUGGGUGGCUGGUCUCCAAAUAUUAACAUGCAGGCUGCGAUUCGUCUGGGCUGUGACAUGGUCGCGGCUCUUACUGGCUUAGCAUACUUUAUCCUGACAACAAACCUGUCCGAAGAACGAUGCAGCUGGCACUGGAUUGGAAAAUAUCCAAAAUUCUCUGCCUUCUUAACGCUUCUCAAACCAGGUUUGAUCACCUUUGUCGAGUCGGCAGUGCGAAAUGCGCUAUACCUCUGGUUGGUUGCAGGAAUUGUGACAAUGUCCGCAGACUAUGCUACAGCAUGGGGAAUAUUUACUACAAUUCGAUGGGGUUUGAUUAUGGUGCCUGUUCAGGCACUGGAGGCUACGUCUCUCGCUUUUGUGGGGCAUUCCUGGGCUAUCUUCAAGGGAAAUAAUAUACAGAGUGGGAGUUGGAGAGAACUUGCAAGUGAGUCCCAAGUCAUCAAGCAGCUUUCGGGUACAAACUUAUGCUUUGUAGUGGUCACGCGAACCGCUUUUCUCUCUGCUGGUAUAGCUUUAGCUAUCGAAGUACUCCUCUGCAUCCUUCUGGCUACUGUAGGGUGCAAACCGUUUGCGUACUACUUGAGUCAAUCCGAAAGGGUUGCUGAAAUUACGGCUCAUAUGUUGCAGACGAUAGACUGGUGUUAUAUUCUAUAUGCGAUCUCUACCCAGCUGGCCACCGUACUGCUGGCCACCCGUCCAAUGUGGUAUCUCGUGCAAAGUCUCAUUUCCAGCCUUCUUUACGUCCUUCCUUGGGCAAUUGUCUGCCAAGUUGCUCACCUUGAUCCUCAAAAUGCUUGGACUUAUCAUAGCCUCGUUUUUGGAGGAAGCCUGGUAUUUACGUUCUCGGAGAUUUGUUAA